AUGGAUCACAAUUCUGAACCUUGUCCAGCAUAUAUAGUUCAGAAGUUAAAACCAGGUAAACAAACCGAACAAAUAUUAGACGAAGUGAAACAAAAACCGAAAUAUGAUCAGAAGGCUAUUGAAGAGUUGGAGCCAGGUGGUUGCAUCGAACGAAUUCUUGUAUCCUUUUCGAUCACAUCGAACAUGAAGCACAUAUUCCAACUAAAGUCCAGUUCAGAAGAUAUAACAGCGUUUCAUGGCAUUAAAUUUUUUGGAUCGACGUGGCUGAUGUUCUUGCAUGGUGUAUACUUUACGUUAAGUGUUAUAGGCAACAAAUGGGAAUUAUAUCGAAUGCACAAUUCAAUGGAAUAUCAAUUCAUUGCGAAUUCAGUAUGGUCUGCGGAUACCUUCCUGUUCCUUGCAGGUUUUCUGUUGGCAUUUGGACAUUUUAAGUCGCAAAGAAAAAGAAAGAAGAUAGUUACAGUUCGCCAGAAUGCGUACGAUUUUCUAAUACUAGUCAUCAAAAGAUUAAUCAGACUUACACCACCAUAUGUCGUUACGAUGAUGUUGGGAGUUUUAAUCUUUACCUGGAACAACAACUUUUUGAUGGCAUAUGUUGUUGAGCCGAUACCCGAACUGUGCUUGAAAUACUGGUGGAGAAAUAUCCUCUACAUUCAUAACUUAUUUGAAUGGGACAGUUUGUGCAUGACUUGGACUUGGCAACUUGCCUGUGAAAUGCAGUUCUCUAUUUUUUGUGCCUUUUUAUUGAAGCUGUCGGUCAGUCAUUACUCUUCUGCCGUGAACUUAGGUAUAGUUACGCUGAUUCUAUCCAUGUUGUCCGCUGGUUACGUAACAUAUACGACGGGUCACAUCAAAACACUGGAAUCGAGAUUCGAAACAUUUUCGUGUAUCUAUAUACGACCCUGGAUAAGAAUCAUACCUCACAUAGUGGCAAUAGGCACAGCUCUGCUUCUUGAAAAAUGGAACUAUAAAUUGCACUUAUCAAAAAAAGCAUUAGCGGCCGGUUGGUUUAUCAGUAUUUUAUGUGCUUAUUUGGUUAUACAUGGCCCCGCGAUGAUAACGACGUCUGCUACUUUAACGAUCAUUUACGAAAUGUUUAGCAGACUAAGCUGGAGUCUUGCAGUAGCGUGGCUUGUAAUUGUCUGCCUUACGAACAAUGCAGCUACUAUAAAUCAAUUUUUAUCGUUGCCCUAUUGGAUCCCUCCCAGUAGAGUAGUAUAUUGCGCUUAUCUUCUGAAUCCAAUUUUCGCAUUACUACUUGGUGCACUUAGCGAUUACGCUGUCCACGCUGGAAUUUAUUACUAUGCUACAGCGGGUUGCGCAGUAUGGGCACUUAGUUACAUUUUUGCGUUCAUAUUGUCAGCCAUAACUGAAGUACCGACGCAAUUACUCUUACAGGCAUUCAGUUCCAGGAGGAAAAAAGAAGUAUAA